AUGUGGUUUAUCGAUUUCCAAUAUCAGCUUCUUCUGUUGGCAUGGGUUGUGUUUGCGCUGAUCGUGAAGAAGGUGACAGAAAUCGAAGUCACGCAUGAAGAAUAUAAUCCAUACCAAAUCCUAGGUUUAGAUCAGCUUCAUCCUGAUAGAGGUGGUGAUGCCCAAAUGUUCGAUAGAAUAGCGAAAGCCUAUCAAGCUCUAACUGAUGAGGAGUCACGUGAGAAUUGGGAGAAAUACGGUAACCCUGACGGACCUACAGCGACAACGUUUGGUAUUGCAUUGCCGAAGUGGCUUGUGAGCAAAGAGUAUGGGCUGUGGGUGUUAGCUUUUUACGGACUUCUGUUUAUGGUUGUUUUACCAGUAGCUGUGGGUAUUUGGUGGUAUAAUUCGAUCAAGUAUAAUGUGGACAAGGUUUUGCUGGACACAACACAGUUGUUCUACUAUUUCUUACACAAAACUCCCAAAAUGGAAAUCAAUCGAAUGUUAAUGUUGCUUGGAGGAGCGUUUGAAUUUUGGAAACAGUACAACAAGGAAAUCAUUGAAAGAGAAACAGACGAUGUUGAAUUAACACGUCGGAUGAAAUCGCUUCCCAAUCUUGGCGAAAAUAAGAAGGAACGUCCACUUUCACUUCCUUAUUCACUUAAAGCUCGAAUUCUUAUCCAUUCUUAUCUCACCCGUAUUCCACUGGACAACGAAGGGCUCGAGUACGACCAGCGUUACGUGCUUCUUCGUGUGUUACGACUUACCGAGGAAAUGAUUUCAAUUUCACAGCAACUCACUUUCUACACUCAGACCAAGGUACCUAUAGAAACACUGGAUAAUCUACUCCGACUGCAGCCAAUGUUUGUGCAGGGCUUGUGGCCGAAGAAUAGUCCUCUUCUCCAACUUCCUCAUAUCACAGAUCAUAAUCUUCCGUAUCUCAGAAAGGGACGUGUAUUUUCUUGUGGAGAUUUAGCUGCACUAGAUGGAGAGAAGCGACGUGCUCUCCUUAAAUCUUUAUCAGACGAAGAAUAUCGUGAUGUCCUUGUUGUGCUGUCUUCCAUGCCACGGCUGACUAUUCAAACUACCGUUGUCGUGGAAGGCGAAGACGACGCCUUUGAAGUCACUGCUGGCUGUGUUGUCACCAUCAAAGUUUUACUACAGAGGUCAAGUCUGUUGGAUCCCAUCGCAGCUGGACUAGAAGACCAAAGAGUGCAUGUGGGCGAGGAAGCUGACGGGGAUGCUAGUGGAUACAGCGAUCAGGAAGAUGAGGAAACUGCGGCGGCAGGGGAUGGCAUCAUCAAGGAGGAAGAAAUUAAGGAAGUUAAGGUUGGUGCUUCGCUAUGA